GCAGGCGUCUCAGCUGAUCAUGACAACGGCCAUGCCACGCGGGCUGCUGCUGCUGGCCGCCUGGGCCCUCCUCGGGGCGCUCCUGCUGCAGGCUGAAGCGAGGUCUGAGCCGAUGAAGCUGUGUGGUCGCGAGUUCAUCCGCGCGGUCAUCUUCACCUGCGGGAGCUCACGAUGGCGCCGGACGAACCGCCAGGCCCGUGACUCUCUCGGGAACUUCUUCCCUGAUGGACAAGCCAGUACAGACAACCUGCCCAGCGAACUGGACGAAGCUGUGGGCUCCAGCGAGUGGCUGGCCCUGACCAAAUCCCCCCAGGCCUUCUAUGGUGGUCGACCCAGCUGGCAAGGGUCUCCUGGGGUGGUUCGCAGCAGCAGGGAUGUGAUGACAAGCCUUUCCAGCAGAUGCUGCGAGUGGGGCUGCAGUAAGAGCCAAAUUAGCAGCUUGUGCUAGGACCCGGGUUGGGCGAUGAGGAAGCAGCCCGAGACUCCAACCCGCUCUACGCUGUGUGAAGUUAAGGAGCACAGACAAGGCUCUGAGGCUCCACUGCCUCCUCGCAGACCCCCUGCCCAGAUGCGCGCUACAGGACGAGCCAACCUAUCCCCACCUUGCUCCGGGCCACGCCCCAUCCAGCCAAACAGGAACUUCAUCUUCAUGGCUGAGUUCUAACCCGCCCCAAUCCCGUCCUACGGAGCCCCGCUGCAACCAAAUGCUCACCUACCCAAACUGGCCACACUGAGCCCCCUGUCCCUUAUCCCCGCCUAAUUGCCACUACUGUUCCCUGGCCAGGCCAGUGCAAGCUGCCCCCUGCUCCUGUCCCUUCAGUGCCCAAACCACAGCGCCCUGUGUAGACCCCAGGGCUGAGGGAGCGAGAUGCCCUGUACUUAGACUUCCCCACCAAAAAAUAAAGGUUCAGUUC